AACCCUCUGUCUUUUCGACCUCACUUUCGGCGACGCUCCCGCUCCAUUUAUUGAUAAAUCCCACCAACCCAGCUUCCCUCCCCUCUUCGCCGUUCUUCUACCACACACCUCCACCCACCCACCUGUCUCCAUCUCGUCGCUCCUCUCCCCUCCUUCCUCGUCCUCCCCCCGAGAGCACGAGGAGCGGAUUUGCCGGUCUCUAUGUGUCGAUAGGGCCUCCGAGGACGGCGCGUAGCUGAGAGUGAGUUUGGGGAGAGCAAAAGGACGGAGAAUACUUCUGCACACAUCGACACCGAGUAUUGCUUGCGGAGAGCGGAGAGGAUGGCGGAGAACAAGAAGAACAGCAUUGCCGGCAAGGUCGCGACGCCCAAGACCGCGCCUCCCCCCUCCUCCACCACCUCCUCUGCCGCCGCCGCCGCUGUCACCCCCGCGGCUCAGCAGCCAGUGAUGGAUCCCCUCGAGGCGCUGGCAAAGAGUAUUGGCGCAAGAGUGAAAUUAACCGCCGCCGGUCCCCAACCGCAAACAUACGAAGGCACCCUCUUCACCGCCUGUCCCAUCCUCAACGUCGUCAUCCUAAACACGCGCUCAUCAGCCACGCCACCGACUCCCGCCGUCAACGGCAAUGCGCAGGCGGGCGACUACCACAUCAUCCCCGUGUCGCGUAUCCAGACCUUCCAAAUCAUCUCUCCCGCCACGGGUGUGGAAAGCGGCGGAGAGGCCAGCUUCGCGAAUACGCUGCCGCCCAUUGGCCCGGUGGACGUGGUGCGCCUGCGACAGCGCGAGCAGGCGCGCAUCGAGAAGCUGAAGGAGGAGGAGCGCAAUCGCGGCAAGGGCGUGACGAAGGAGGCACAGGCGAUCUUUGACUCGUUCAAGCGGAUUAAUAUGCCCAUCCGCUGGCACAACCAGGAGAUGAUUGUGCACGAAGCCGUCAUCAUCGCCCCGCCGUACCAGGUGGAGAAUUGCAAAGGGGCAAAGGACAAGCAGGAGGUGCUGAACCGCGUCAAGAAGGUGCUGGAGGGCGAGCGGCGGAAGUUGAAGGAGAAGGAGGAACGCGAGCGCAAGGCUGCCGCCGCUGCCAAUGUGCGGAAAGGGGGUUGAACAGCCCUGACGUACGUGUCGUGCAGCGAGAAACUCACAUGCAGUCAGGAUCCUCGCUCCGACUUGACUAUAGCGUAGUCGAAUCGUGUGAAGGAGGAGUAGCGCAAAGCAGCUCAUCCAAUGCAGAAAU